UUUCGGCGCACGUGGCUUUUACCUUCCUGGAACGGAGUCGCUUCUUCGGCCUGAGCGGAUUUCAAGGCUCUAGUCCCCAUGGCUCCAGCCCAGGCCUUGGGACGGAGGAGGAAGAGGCAGCGGCGGUGCAAAGACCGGGAUCCAGACGAGCAACAGGCCACAAAGAACUACGAGAUGCCCGUCUCCGCUUUCCCUGCAUCUGAGUGCGCUUCGGAUGUCGAGCUGGACACUCACGAAAUGGUUCGAGCCCAGAACAAGAAGAAGAAGAAAUCAGGGGGCUUCCAGUCCAUGGGUCUGAGCUACCCCAUUUUCAAAGGAAUUAUGAAGAAAGGAUACAAAAUACCGACCCCCAUUCAGAGGAAGACAAUUCCUGUGAUCCUGGACGGCAAGGACGUGGUUGCGAUGGCGAGGACCGGGAGCGGGAAGACGGCCUGCUUCCUCAUCCCCAUGUUUGAGAAGCUGAAGGCGCACAGUGCCAAGACCGGCGCGCGGGCCCUUAUCCUGUCCCCCACGCGGGAGCUGGCCCUGCAAACCCUCAAGUUCGCCAAGGAGCUUGGCCGAUUUGCUGGCUUGCAAACAGCCCUCAUCCUUGGAGGAGACAAGAUGGAAGACCAGUUUGCAGCCCUGCAUGAAAACCCUGACAUAAUCAUCGCCACUCCUGGCCGGCUGGUGCACGUGGCCGUGGAAAUGAAGCUUAAGCUGCAGAGCGUGGAAUAUGUGGUCUUUGAUGAGGCGGACAGGCUGUUUGAGAUGGGCUUUGCGGAGCAGCUGAAGGAGAUCCUUUCGCGGCUGCCCGAGAACCGCCAGACGGUGCUCUUCUCCGCCACCCUGCCAAAACUGCUUGUGGAGUUCGCCCGAGCUGGCCUUACGGAGCCGGUGCUGGUCCGUCUGGACGUGGAGUCCAAGCUGAGCGAGCAACUCAAGCUUUCCUUCUUCCACGUUCGGGCCGAUGACAAGCCGGCCCUGCUGCUGCACCUGCUGAGGACGGUGGUCAAACCCCAGGAGCAGACGAUCGUCUUCGUCGCCACCAAGCACCACACCGAGUAUCUGAAGGAGCUGUUGACGUCGCAGGGCGUGAACUGCACGCACGUCUACAGCUCUCUGGACCAGACGGCCCGCAAGAUCAACAUCGGCAAGUUCACCCACGGCAAGUGCUCGGUGCUCCUCGUCACCGACCUGGCCGCCCGCGGCAUCGACAUCCCCCUGCUGGACAACGUGAUCAACUACAGCUUCCCCGCCAAGUCCAAGCUCUUCCUGCAUCGCGUAGGCAGAGUGGCUCGGGCCGGGAGGAGCGGCACGGCCUAUUCCCUGGUGGCGCCCGACGAGACCCCCUACAUUUUCGACUUGCACCUGUUUCUCGGGCGGCCACUUGUCCUCGCCAGUCCUCACGAGAAGCCUGCAGAUACAGACGGCAUGUUCGGCCGCGUGCCCCAGAGCGUCAUCGACGACGAGGAGAGCAUGCUGCAGACGGACCACGAGCGCUCGCUGGAGCUGCAGAACCUCCGGCGCGUCGCCGACAACGCCCAGAAGCAGUACCAGAAAUCCCGGCCAGGCCCGUCGCCAGAGUCCAUCAAGCGGGUCAAGGAGAUGGACUUCAGCCUCGUGGGCAUUCACCCCUUGUUCAGUUUGCGUUUUGAGGACGACGAGAUGGAGCGGCUAAAAUUCGUGGACAGCAUCAAAACAUACCGUUCCAAGGCGACCAUCUUCGAAAUCAACGCCACCAACAAAACUCUGGCCAGCGAUGUCAUGCGUGCCAAACGCAGCCGAGACCGGCUGCUCAUUGACCGGCACCAAAGGAAGCAGCAGGAAAGGCUGUCCGUCGCUGCUGCAGCGGCGGCGGCAAAGGCGCAAGGCCCAGCUGCACCAGCCGCCACCGAAGAACAAGCAGCGGAGGCGGAGGAGCAUAUUCAGGAUGUCUUCUCCAGCGUGGUAGGAAGGAAACGGAAGCGGCACGAGGCAGGAGAGAGUACCAGGAAGAAGAGCAGUUGGUCGGAGCAUCAGGAUAAAGAGUUCUACGUCCCUUACCGGCCCAAAGAUUUUGAUUCUGAGCGCGGGCUUUGUGUUGGUGGAGAAGGAAGUGCCUUUGAGCAGCAGGCUUCCAGCGCCGUCCUCGAUCUGAUGGGUGACGAGAACCAGAACAUGAACAAGAACAAGCAGCGCCUGAAAUGGGAUCGGAAGAGGAAGCGCUUCGUGGAGCAGACGGGCCAGCAGGAGAAGAGGAAGAAGAUCCGCACCGAGAGCGGGGUGCUCAUCAGCAGCUCCUACCGAGGAGACCUCUACGAGAAAUGGAAAAAGAAGACCAAGAUAGAUGAGCAGGACUCGGAAGCGGAGGCUGAAGGGGAGCGCCGAGGUGGGAAGCCACGGAAGGGCAGAGGUGCCCACCGAGCACCGUCACAGGGCAGCCGCGGCCCCCAGCCGGGCCGUUCCGAGCUGAAAACCAAGCAGCAGAUUCUGAAGACGCGCAGGAAGGUGGCCAAGCAGCGCUUCCUGCAGAGCGGGGGGCUGAAGCGGCUGAAGUCCCGCAACCGCCAGCGCGUCCAGGAGCUGCGCCGGUCCGCCUUCGGGCGUGGGAGCACCAAGAAAGGCAAGCUGCGGAAGAGGAUGUAGAUCCCGCCAAGGCCGCGGUGCCAGCUUUCAGGACCCACCUGCCGUUCGCUUACUGGGUAAACUCUGGUCCCAGAAGGAAAGAUUAAACCAUAUUUGGACUGUC